AUGGCCUCCGAAGUUCAGCACAAGUACCUGAAGGCGCCCCUCACCGUCGGCGUCGUGGGAGCAGCAUUCAGCGGCGGCCAGCCACGCGGAGGCGUCGAGCAGGGUCCCGCCCGCCUCGUCGAGUUCGGCCUCGUCGAUCAACUAAAGGAGCUGGGUUGGGCAGUCAAAGUGGAUGAAAAGUUCCCGACCUACGAGCACCUGCGGCCACAGACAGAGCAGAACCACGGCAAGCUCAAGAACGUGGGUUACGUCUCCGCCGUGACAAAGAGCGUCGCGGAGAGCGUCAAGGCGGUGGUUGAGAAGGGGCAAUUGGCGUUGACGUUGGGUGGUGACCAUUCCCUCGCCAUGGGCACCAUUGGCGGAUCCGCGGCGGUGCACAAGGACGUGGGUGUCAUCUGGGUGGAUGCGCACGCGGACAUCAACACCCCAGAGACCACCGACACGGGAAACCUGCACGGGUGCCCCGUUUCCUUCCUGAUGGGUCUGAAGAGCGCGACGGACGUGCCGGGGUUCGAGUGGCUCAAGCCCUGCCUGGCGACCAACCGCAUCGUGUACAUUGGCCUGCGCGACGUGGACGCGCCAGAGAAGAAGAUCUUGAAGGAUAACAAGAUCAAGGCGUUCAGCAUGCACGAUGUUGACAAGCACGGUAUCGGCAAGAUCGUCGAGAUGGCUAUCGAGUACCUCGGGAAGGACAAGCCCAUCCACCUCAGUUUCGAUGUAGACGCGCUUGACCCGACCGUUGCGCCCGCGACCGGAACACCUGUAAGAGGCGGCUUGUCGUUCAGGGAAGGACACUUUAUCUGCGAGUCGGUGUUUGAGACGGGCAACUUGGUGGCGGUGGAUAUCAUGGAGGUCAAUCCGCUGCUGGGAGAGCAGUCGUUUGUGCUGCAGACAAUCCAGAUUGGGUGCUCUCUUGCAAGAGCGGCUUUGGGCGAGACGUUGCUUUGA